CCAUCUCCACUUUUCAUUGGAGAAUCUCUUAAAAAUGAAACCAUAUUGAGUCAAAUGACACCAAAAUGCCGGCAAGAUGUUGAUAUUUAUAAUGGGAUCUUAGCAAGUGGAACUGCUGGUUUCUUUGUACCCAUUUUAACAAUGCUCGACUCAGAUGGAAAGGAAAAGCCUGGAUCAUUUGGUGGAGCUAUUAACUGGAUAGGAGCAUAUGAUCAGUGUAAUGGGGUAGAGAUGGAUGCAGACAUCCCAAUAGGACAGAAUACUGUCAGGCUCAAGUUCAAGGGACAGUACAUGUCAAUCAGAAUAUGGGCCAUUGAUCCAGACAGGAACAAUGCAUAUACACCAUUUGACAUUGGAGCAUGCGUCCCUGACAGUUGUAGUGAAGAUGACAUAAGGAGAUACAUGACAUAUGGGGAAAAGUCUGUAGUUCCAAUAGAGGUUUACAAUGGCAAACAAUGGAAUAAUAUAUGGGCAGAUAGUGGUGCUAUAGCUAUGAUAUGUAUCAUACUGGUAUUUGUUCUGAUCGCUCUAAUUGCAACAGUAUUUGAUAUGGCAUACGUGCAAAGAAUGAUCGAAGCCUCCAAGACACAGGAAACUAUUCACAAAUCUAUGAGGGUCGCCUCAACUCAUGCAAAAAUAAAUAAAGCUUUCGAGGCUCCAGAAGAAAAGGCUAACUAUUACAGCGAUAAAGGUGAGGUGUCAAAUGGUGAUGCUAAGGGCAGAGACAUGGAUAAAAAGAACUUAGCUGAUCAAGUUUACACAACAUUAGAGAUGACUCAUAUUGGAAGUAAUGGUGUUUCAAAACCUGAACCACUUCCCAGUAAACCACCAAAAUAUGAGCCUAGUAUUGGAACCAGACUUCUUGUAUCAUUUUCUGUCUACACCAACAUGAGUAGACUACUUUCGUUUGAUGCCCCACCUGGCGCCUAUCUCUGUCUCAAUGCUAUUAGGUUUUUAAGCAUGUGUUGGAUCAUACUUGGGCACACCUUUCAACUUGGCAUCACCAUUACACCAGUUACAAACCCUACUUUGAAUCCUACAGAUUGGUUUGCAAACAAGUAUACCUCACUUUUUGAGUAUAAAGCUCUGACACAUAUGCAACUGGCUGUAGAUAGUUUUUUCUUACUGAGUGGAUGCCUGAUCGCAAUAUCAUUUUUGAAAGCAAUGGCCAGGCAAGGAGGAACUGUUACCUGCAGACAAAUGGCACUUUACUACUUCCAUAGAUAUUGGAGAUUAACACCCGUGUAUAUGAUUCUGGUUGGAUUUAUGGCUACCCUAUACAUGUACACUGGUUCAGGUCCUUUGUGGCCAAGAGAGUUUCCAGAUGCUGUGAAUUGCAAGAAAUCUUGGUGGUGGCAUCUACUUUAUAUCAACAAUUUCUACAACUAUGGAACACAAUCGUGUAUGGGAUGGAGUUGGUACCUGGCCAAUGAUAUGCAGUUUUACAUCAUAUCUCCUGUGAUAUUCAUAUUCCUCUACAAGGUACCUGUUGUUGGAUUUAUCAUAUCUGGAAUUCUGUUUGUUGGGAAUAUCGUGAGCAUUGUUACACUACAUCUUGUAGGCCAGGCUAGUUUUGAAAUGGAUUACAUCAAGCCAUACUCAAGAAUUGGAGCAUAUAUUGUAGGGGUGUGGCUGGGUUACAUUCUAUGGAAAAACAAAGGCAAAGCAGUGCUAUCUUGGUGGGUUUCCCUACUUGGCUGGGUGCUUUCUCUUGGCCUGAUAUUUGCUAUGGUUUAUGGUGACUGGAGAUGCCCUUCGUGCACUAAGAUCCCUGCAUGGCUACAGAUUAUGUUCUUGUCCAUUCAGAGACAGGGCACAGCAAUUGGUGUAGCAUGGAUAAUAUAUGCAUGCAUAACUGGAAAUGGAGGCUUUAUAAACACACUUCUCUCAUGGAGGGGUUGGAUUCCUCUAUCUAGGCUCUGUUACACAGGCUACCUGAUUCACCCCAUGAUCAAUUACUAUUACAACUUCUCAAGGAUGCAGCAACAAUAUAUGAGGGUGUGGCCUGAAAUGGUUGUAGCAUUUGGUGGUGUUUUGACACUGACCAUAGGAUUCAGUAUAGUGGUGACCCUGUUGUUUGAGAUACCAAUGCUGGGUAUUGAGAAAGUGAUUAUACCACCCCCAGCUAAGAAGAAAAACUAAAUGAUGACCAGCAUGAACUAAAUAAUGUUGAAUAUUGUUGAGCAUGAGUCUAUCCUCCAGUCACAAUCUAGUGAUAAGCUGUAGUAAAUGAAUUAAGGUUCUAAGCUUAUAUCAUAAGUUGGUAGACAGAAGUGGAGCAUGAUUCCAAUGUGGCCUUUGUCAACAAACUGCACAAUUAGCUAUCAAUGUAGUCACAGUCCUAACUUGUCUAAAUACACAGUUAUUACAGUUUAUCUUAUAAAAUGUAUGACAUAGAACAAUAGAAUAACAUGAUGUAACCAUUAAAGUAAAAGUGUUUCUGUCAUAUCUAAAUAUUUCUUGUUGUUUUUCAUCCUUACAAAUAACCAGCAAGCAACUUACUUCUAUGCUAUAUGGUAUGCUUAUAAAAAUAGAUCAAAAGCUAGAAACAUUUUGAUGUCUGAGUACGAG